AUGAGUUCUCAAGGAGGCAUCAACCUGACCGACAUUCCUCUCACACCAGCGUGUGCCAAUCCUGGAGGACAAAAUCGCCUACCCGACCGGGUUGCGGGCACUUAUGUACCACAAGAGCACUUUCUCCCAGCAUCCGGACAUGCUCACCGCGUAGAGAGACAGCGCCGCCGCCAUGAGAAGGAAGAGGUGGUAGCUCGCAAAGCUGGUGGCGCCUGGAAGGGUCGCGGAUGCGUCCCCGCCGGUGGAUGCUACGGCCGCAGUGGCCGAGAGGGCCGCAAGAGGAGACGAGUAUGGCUGGGUGUGUGUGCUGCAAUUUUUGCAAUCAUUCUGAUCAUCAUCCUCUGCGCGACGCUUAUCCCGCGGGGAGGAGCCCCUCCCCAAAUUGACAGCAUCUUUGUCAAUCUCACCGACUUCCCUCCCAUGCCGACUGGGGUUCUCUCCGUGGUUGGCCCUGACAAUACUGCCGCCGUCACUGGAUGCAGCAGCCCGUCUACAGUAUGGAGCUGCGCGCUACCGAAGGAGGAACAAGAGUCUGUGGCACCUUUCCGCCCCAAUCAACCGACGUUCGUCAUGCAGAUCCAGUGGGAUAACAGCACCCGAAAUCUGUGGAACGUUCCCAAUGGCGAGAUACCCGUCCCAGGGUCAAAGACUACGAAACGCAAUGUGAAGCGAGGCAGCCUCAUCGCCAGAGCUGGUGCUUUCAUCCGUCGACAAAACCCGGCUUUCAAACCCAGCCCCAAGGCUCCGACUUUCCAAGAGAUGUACUUUCUCGGCAACACAACUGAUGGCAUCGUCUCGAGUGAAAAGGGUGGCGAGCCAACCCCCUUCUUCCUCAGCAUCCUCAAGUCUGCGAAUGAAACCGUGGGACCCAACGCCAUGGAUAGGCGCCAGGACUCGUCCGGCGAUAUCUCGGUCAACCUCCCUGCCCCCGACCUAGAGGCUGACGGCACCGGAGCUCCCGCGCAGCUCUUCCCUAACGCCGUACAGCAGCCUGUUCGUCUCUAUGACCGCGGCUUGCCGACGGAACACUACGGCUUUUAUACCUACUUCAAGCGCACCAUCUAUCUCAAGUCUGUAACAACCCUGAACGGUAGUGACGAGACCGACGUGCCCCUUGACGAGAACGGCGGCUCUCGCAGAAGCGAGGCCAAGUUCCUCGUGACGUGGUCGCAGACGCGUUUCCUCGUGCAGAUCUGGACACGAUCGGACAACAACACCCAGCUUCUUGGUACCCGAAACAGGGCCAGCUCGGAGCAGCCUGGCACGAUGCCUUACCCCGUCACCAUCAAGACGGACACUCACGGCGGCCAGUCAGGCGAGAAGUUUGUUUGGCACUGGCCAGUGAACGACAGGCAAGGCAUCGAUACCAGCGAGCCAAAGUUGCUUCCCAACGACCUGAGCUUCGGAGGCACGAGAGUGAACCCACGUAAGAAUGAUGAUACAUCAUUUGGAGGAUUUGAUGGCGGCACUGGUGGUUGCCGUUGUGAAUGGGCGAAUUUUAUUGCGAAAAGAGAUACCAAUACUAACUGA